AUGGCCACAACCGGUACUGGAGCUGGCUCGUCAUUGCCACCAAAUUUCUUCUUAACCCCGCAGCAACAGAAUCUACUGUUCACGGCUCUUAAUGCGAACAAGCAGCAGCAAUCGAAUAGUACCAAGACUGGACUUUCGCUGUCUCCCACUUCUUUCAAGUCAAAUCCCCUUCAGAGCCUUGACAACGCUGGAUUCCAGGAGAGCCCCUUCCUCGACAACUACGACUACGACUUUGACGACUCCGGUUUUGACUUUUCCUUUGCCAAUGACGGCGCCCAGGGCAACAUGAUUGGCGAUGUGCCUGAUAGCGCCAUGAGCGCCAAGUCUGAUUCUACUGAGACUGAGAGCCCGGAGAAGAGAAGCCACCCGGACGACGAAGAUGACGACGCCAGCCCUGGCAAUGAGUCAAAGAGACACGAGGGCUCUGACAAGGUCCCCAAGAAGCCUGGCCGCAAGCCGCUUACUUCGGAACCAACUUCAAAGCGCAAGGCUCAAAACCGGGCCGCCCAGCGUGCUUUCAGGGAGAGGAAGGAGAAGCACCUCAAGGAUCUUGAGACCAAGGUUGAGGAAUUAGAAAAGGCCUCAGAGGCUGCCAACCAUGAGAACAGCAUGCUUCGCGCUCAAGUCGAGCGCAUCACUGCUGAGCUGGGCCACUACAAGCAGAGGAUGACGCUUGUGAACAACAAAGCCACUACACAGCAGCAAGCUCGUGCUCAGCCCUUUGGUUCUGCAGCUGUCAACAACAUCAAUGAUGUGAGCUUUCAGUUUGAGUUUCCCAAGUUUGGAACCCUUCCCGGACCGCCUGCCAAAUCCCAUCAGAAGUCCAUGUCACAGCCCAUUAGUCCCAGUUCCCAACAGACAGCCAGCCCGGCUGCUAGCCAGAAUAAAAUAGACCGUGUGGCACAGUUCUCCCAGCAGGCGGCAAGGAAUGCGCAGUUCAAGGAAGAUCUCGCCAAAUUCAGCAGUGGAGGACCAUUCAGCUUGCACACUCCCUCAAUGAGCAGCUCUACUGCCACAGGAUCAAGAGCCAGCGUGGACUCGGUCAACUACAGUGGAAACAACACCACGAGCUCGCCGUCGGCGUCCUCUCACUCCAACGUUGGGGCAAGCUCAUCAUGCGGCACAUCUCCUGAGCCUUUCACCCAGUCUCCCAUGGGCUUCAAGCCUGUUGAUACCCUGACCACCAUCGGCGAGGAGCACCCAUCCAUGUCUACUACAGAUGGACCAUUCUCUCAAUUCACUGGCCUUGAUUUCAACAGCAACAGCUUCGACUGGCUUGUUCAGCAGAACAAUGGCGGCCAAUUUGAUCCCCAGCUGUUUGGCGAUUACCGCGAACCUCAAGAAAACGUCAUGACUCACUCCACAUUUGACGACUUGUUCAAUGACUCACUUGAGGCCGACUUCUUCACUCCUUACAACAUGGCCAACAGCCCGAACCAAAACCAAAACCACAAGAAGCUGAAUCUCAUCGAUGAGAUUGACGCCAAGCAAAAUGCGAUUGACGAUGAGCCGCGAAAGGAGAAUAUGAGCUGUAAUCAACUCUGGGAACGGCUGCAAGCAUGCCCCAAGGCGCAGAAUGGCGAGUUUGACCUGGAUGGCUUGUGCUCAGAACUGACCAAGAAGGCCAAAUGCUCUGGAAGCGGGCCCGUUGUUGCCGAAACGGAUUUCGACUCCAUCCUCAGGAAGUACAUGGGCAAAGAGGCGGCCGACUGCUCGGCUGAAAGCCUGGGCAUAUCUCUGGAGAAGACCAAGCCUGAGACA